AUGACCAAGUUCGAGAUGGAUAUGAGUGAAUCUUCGAUGGCUCCAGCAGUUUCGCUGGAGCAUGCAGAUUUUCCCCAUCUCACUACGGUAGAAUGGCAGGCAUUACACCGCCUCGCGGCGGUGUCUGGUGAAAUCUUCGUGACGUCGCUGCUGAGCACAGCGACGCCCGAACAACACCGUGCCGCCAUUCAAGACUACAUGGUGCGCGAGCUCGCCGAAGCGAACCGGCGAGUACAUACUCCCUCGCGCCCCUCCCAUUACGAUGCAAUUAAAAUGGAGACGUCGACAUACUCUGGUGAUGGUCCAGAUCGUCUCCCCCUUAAUCGCUGGUUUAGGGAGAUUGAUAUCGCCAUAGCGUCAAGGUUGAUUGACGCUCCGACGGCCAAGGUUAAUUUCCUACUGUCUCGGCUUGUUGGUAAAGCCAAAGAAUGGGCUCUUGGGAAGCUCGUUGUAAACGAGUUGGCAUUCCCCCACGCUGGACGAUAUCCAGCGCGACUUACGACUGGCGUUCGAGCCCCCUCAAGAUGA